GCGCCCGUCUCCCGCGGAAGCUUCUGGGCGGGCGCGGUGCAUUGUGGGGCGGGGCCUAUCCGAGCCGGGAGCCGCAGCCGCCAUCAGUGCCGCCGGGAUGAUGCCCACACCCGUCAUCCUCCUGAAGGAGGGGACAGACACCUCGCAGGGGAUCCCUCAGCUCGUCAGCAACAUCAAUGCCUGCCAGGUGAUUGCUGAGGCUGUUCGAACCACCCUGGGGCCUCGGGGCAUGGACAAGCUCAUUGUGGAUGAUCAGGGCAAAGCCACCAUCUCCAAUGAUGGUGCCACCAUCCUGAAGCUCCUGGAUGUUGUCCACCCUGCUGCCAAGACACUGGUGGACAUUGCCAAAUCACAGGAUGCAGAGGUUGGGGAUGGCACCACCUCUGUGACUCUGCUGGCUGCUGAGUUCCUCAAACAAGUGAAGCCCUACGUGGAGGAAGGUCUCCAUCCUCAGAUCAUCAUCAGGGCCUUCCGCACAGCAACCCAGCUGGCUGUAAACAAGAUCAAAGAUAUUGCUGUUACAGUCAAGAAGGAAGAUAAAGAUGAGCAGAGGAGCCUGCUGGAGAAGUGUGCAGCCACAGCCCUGAGCUCUAAACUCAUCUCCCAGAGCAAGGAGUUUUUCUCCAAGAUGGUGGUGGAUGCUGUCAUGAUGUUGGAUGACUUGUUACAGCUCAAGAUGAUUGGAAUAAAGAAGGUGCAAGGAGGAGCUCUGGAAGACUCCCAGCUGGUGGCUGGAGUUGCCUUCAAGAAGACUUUUUCCUACGCGGGGUUUGAGAUGCAGCCCAAGAAGUAUCAGGCUCCCAAAAUUGCCUUGCUGAACGUGGAGCUGGAGCUCAAAGCUGAGAAGGACAACGCUGAGGUCAGAGUCAACACAGUGGAGGAUUACCAGGCCAUUGUGGAUGCUGAGUGGAACAUCUUGUAUGACAAACUAGACAAAAUCCACAAGUCAGGAGCCAAAGUUGUCCUCUCCAAGCUUCCCAUUGGGGACGUGGCUACUCAGUACUUUGCAGACAGAGACAUGUUCUGUGCUGGCCGUGUCCCAGAGGAGGAUCUCAAGAGAACAAUGAUGGCCUGUGGUGGCUCCAUCCAGACCAGUGUCAAUGCCCUGUCAGAUGAUGUUCUGGGACGAUGUGAACUCUUUGAGGAGACUCAGAUUGGAGGAGAGAGGUACAACUUCUUCACAGGCUGCCCCAAGGCCAAAACCUGCACCAUAAUCCUGCGGGGGGGUGCUGAGCAGUUCAUGGAGGAGACAGAGCGGUCCCUGCACGAUGCCAUCAUGAUUGUCAGGAGAGCAAUCAAGAACGACUCAGUUGUUGCUGGUGGGGGUGCCAUAGAGAUGGAGCUUUCCAAAUACCUCCGGGACUACUCCAGGACCAUUCCAGGCAAGCAGCAGCUGCUGAUAGGAGCUUAUGCUAAAGCCCUCGAGAUCAUUCCCCGACAGCUCUGCGACAACGCCGGCUUCGAUGCCACCAACAUCCUCAACAAGCUCCGAGCCAAGCACGCCCAGGGAGGGAUGUGGUAUGGUGUGGAUGUCAACAAGGAGGACAUCACUGACAACUUCGAGGCCUGCGUCUGGGAACCGGCGAUCGUCCGCAUCAACGCCCUGACGGCCGCCUCCGAGGCCGCCUGCCUCAUCGUCUCCGUGGAUGAAACCAUCAAGAACCCCCGUUCCACCAUGGAGGCUGCACCUGGGGGAAGGGGAAGAGGACGAGGAAGACCCCACAACCACUGAGCCCCCUCUCCUGGUGGCUGGGGAUGGGGCUGAGGAAGACCCCACAACCACCGAGCCCCGCCGCGGGCUGAGCUGGGGGUGAGCGCUCUGCUCCGAACCUGCCACGUGUGAAACAGAAAUUGAUUUCUCAAUUAAGGAGCCCGUGCCCAGAUGGUCGUCUCCAGGGCUUGCAGGCCACCACUGGCCACCUUUAAUUAGAGUCAAAUCUUGGCCUCGGCAACCACAGCCUGCUGCCAGCUGCCCUGCCCCAACAUGUCCUACGCAGCACUGAUCCCCUCGGGCUCACCUUGUCCAGUGGUGUGGAGCAGAGGCCUCAGUGAGCAUGGGCUUUAUUCCUAUUUAUACUGUUUGUUUUUUGGUUUUCUUUUUUUUUCUUUUUUUUUUUUUUUUUGGUCAUUCUGCUGGGGGUUUUCAGCCCAGGCCCAAACACAAUAAAGAGCUGACAGUG